AGGACACAGUUAUAUCAGAUAAGAAACUGGGAGAUAGGUGCAUGAUAUUUUAUAAAUACUUUAACAGCAGUGUUGAAAAUUCUGUUCAUUCAGAGCAUAUUGGACGAAAAGUAAUAGCCAAAAAGCAAAACAUCAAUUGCCCCUUAACAAGGACUUCAGCAUGAGAAAUAUCAUCACAAUCGCCCCCCUUGUGAUGUUCCUCUCCAAAUCAGUGCUGUCUCAGAGUUGUGUUUCUCCAACAAGCAGCUGUGAUUGUUUCCAAGAAAAUGGAAACAAAAUAAUCAGCUGUCGUUAUAAAAAUUUGACAGAAAUUCCGACAUUUACGAACACUAAUCAAGUUUAUUACGAAAUACGAUUUACUUCAUCUGAAGAGACCGGAACGUGUCAGCCAUCUUUUGGUUGUAACAAUAUCAGACAGAUAGGAGCCAAUGCAUUUGCUAACUUAAAAGUGAGGAGAAUAGAUCUGCUAAAUAAUCCUAUAUCAACAAUAGACCAUGAUGCUCUUAAUGGUUUAACUCCAGAGCUGGAAGCUAUUUUACUUGAAGGAGAUGGAUCAAGUGGGAUGCCAUACCAAGCACUCGCCUCUCUAGAUGAACAUCUAAAAAUUCUCCAUCUUGAACACUAUGGUCAUCAGGUCAUUCAGUCACCAGUUGUAUUUCCAUUUCCAAAUCUAGAAUCACUUACAAUUAAAAAGUGGACAAGACUUGACGAUGUCAAUGCAUAUGUCUUCAAUAAAAUGCAGAAUUUGAAGGAACUGAAGUUGAUAACAUUAAGAGCUCUUACUACUCUUCCAGUACCCGCUAUUCAAAAGUUUUUGAAUUUAACAUCUAUUGAUAUUAUGGACACUGGUAUAAGAUCUAUUUUUGGAGACACAUUUACACCAAUGGCAGUGCUACACGAUGUCAAAAUACGUAACAAUAUAUACUUGAACACAAUAGAUCAAAGAGCAUUUAGCGGAAUAACUGACACUUUGGAAUAUUUAGAUGUCGACAAUAAUAAUCUAAAUAGUGUACUAAGUAUUGAAUUUCUCCGAAAUGAAAACUGGCCCAUUUUAAGCCAUUUAAACAUUGGAUAUAACUACAAUCUAAAGGACCUUCCAAGCGGAAUAUUCACCAGAACACCAACUUUAGCUUAUCUAACAUGCCAGGAUAUUGGAUUAACAAGAAUAAACAAAGACAUGUUUACUGGACUUUCAAAUCUGCAUACACUUGAUCUGGCUUAUAAUGAAAUAAGAACAGUUUCUGCAGAAACAUUUAAGAAUUCACCCACUUUGGUUGAACUUCGACUGCAUGACCAGCAUAAUAAUGACUUUAUAGACUUUCAAAAUGAUGCAUUUAGUGGAAUUGAAACUUCCCUGGAGAUACUUAGUCUUUUCAACAACAAGUUCAAUGUUUCUCAAUUUUGGAUUGACAUAUCAAGGCUGUCAAAUUUGUUAGUGCUAGAAGUUAUGGAUACUGGUAUUGAAAAUAUUCCUGAUAAAGUUUUCAGAAACAACAUAAAACUUACAAGUUUACACAUGGCUGAUAACAAUAUAUCUUCAGUAAAACAAGAUACAUUUUUCGGUCCAAGAGAUACACUGAGGACUAUAGACCUUCAGAGAAACCAAAUACAAACCAUUGAUCAAUGUACAUUGAAUGACUUUCCUACCAAACCAGGGAUGAUGUUGGCAGGGAAUCCACUGAACUGUGACUGUGAUUUGCUUUGGUUAUACGACUGGUUCAAACAGCAAAGUGACCAAGACAGAGUUGCCUAUCAGGAUAUAGGAGCUUGUUCAUCACCACCGUCUCUUGCUUAUAAAUACUUCACACAGUUCAUUAGAAAUGAAAUGUGCCCUGGAGGAACGUCUGUCGUAACAUGCCCAGAUUUAUACCGAACAACAUUAAUGUCCACUACUACUACCAGCACAACAACAACAACAAUAACAACCCCGAAACCUACAACACCGCCUUUACCAGGAUUUCAACUUUUAAUAAUAAACAGAGACACUAGCUAUAUUGAGGUAACUUGGGUAAUAAAUGACAAGACACAUGUUACUGGUUUUAAAAUAGAGAUGAUAUCCAAUUACCACGAAACCAGAGUCGUUUAUCCAGGACUCCAUGCCACAUUACACAUAUUCUAUAAGUUACGGCCAGAUACCACUUACACUUUCUGCCUUGUACUCAAAAUCGAAGAUGUUUACAGAGAGACUGAACCAGAUUGCAUACAAGCACAAACACUCCCGCUGUUCACUGAUCCACUACAAUCUGCAACGAAAUUGGCGCCCAGGCCUGACUCUCCGCUUGGUAUCGUCAUUGGAUAGAAGUUGGUGAAACUGUUCUUGUGACGCUAUAUACUAGUUAACAUCUUUAGUUUUGACAAAUAAAAGCAGAUUUUGC